AUGGAAUCAUUUUUAAAAAGAAAAAUCGACCAGCCAGAUAAUAAUGGCAAAAAAAUUAAAAGGGAGAACUGUCCUCACUCAGUAAAAUGUUUCAGAAAAAAUCCACAUCACUUCAAGGAAUUUGACCAUCCCCAUUUAUUGAAGCUAAUAGAAAUGGGUAGCCCUGUUAAAAUACCAAGCGAUUUUCCACAACCAGAACAAGUUUAUUUGGAACAAGUUGAAAUGCUUCAGUCACUUCUAAAGUCUUCUCAUUUAAAAGACAUACAAAAUCUACCAGGCAGCUCAACUAGCACAGAAAAAAAGCCUGAGAAGCAAGAUAAAAGUAACUCUAGUACAAAAACCAGUCCAAGUAAGACUCAGAAAGGAAAAAAUAUUGCUCCAAAGUCAAGUAAAGUUAUAGAUGCUGUGGAAGUUGUGAAUCUUGUAGAUAGUCCUAUUUUAAUAUCCGGCGAUGAAACAAUGAUGGAGAAAAUAGAAAGGAUGGCACCUUACAGUGUAUUUUUUACCACAAUCAUUAAAGCUCCUGAGACUAAAAAACAGGAAAACGCCAUAACAUUUACAGACUUACUCUGCCCCAGUUUAGGAACCUUAAAAAAUUCUCUACAAAUUAACUUUAUGAUUGAUAUAGAUUGGUUGUUAAAGCAGUAUAAAGAAAGAUGUCUGAGCUCAAAACCCCUCACCAUUUUGUAUGGAGAUGAUUGGCCUGAUAUGGAAAAAUUCAUAAAGAUGUUUUGUCCCAAUGUUACUAGUAAACUUGUUAAAAUGAAAGAUCCCUAUGGAUGUCAUCAUUCGAAGAUUGGUAUUUAUGUAUAUGAAGAUAAUUCAAUCAGGAUAGUGGUAUCAACAGCAAAUCUAUAUUAUGAAGACUGGAAUCACUAUAAUCAAGGGUUAUGGGUUAGUCCAGCUUGCAAAAGACUUCCAGAUUCAUGUUCAGAAAAAGAUGGAGACUCGCCUACGAAAUUUAAAAACACAUCUUUUAAGUUACUUAAGAAGUUACAAUGAGCCCAUUUUAAAAGCCUUUUAUAGAAUAUGUACAGAAAGCUGAUUUUAGUGCUAUUAGAGUAUUCUUUAUUUAUUCGGCCCCAGGAAAGUACUAUCCCAGUUCGAAUGGAAGCCAUUUGCAUGCUGUGGCGGAUCUUCUCUCCCGCAAUUGUGUUCUACCAGCUAAAACUACCCCUCAGAGUGAAGGACCGUUAUCUUGGGGAAUACUAGCGCAAGCUUCAAGUAUUGGAUCAAUGGGAAAGAAUCCGGCAGAUUGGUUGAGAGGAUCCUUGCUGAGGUGUUUAGCCAGCCAUAAGGGAAGUCCCAAACCUAUGAAUUCCAGUGCUAGUAUCAGCAUUGUGUAUCCCAGUGUUGAUAAUGUUAUGACAGGUUAUUUUGGCCACGAGAGCGGAGGUUGUUUACCAUAUUUAAAGGCAACAAACGAAAAACAAAAAUGGUUACAAGAAUAUAUGUACCAAUGGAAAGCAGCAUCCCAUGGUAGAACUAGAGCAAUGCCGCAUAUAAAAACCUACUGCAGAGUUUCCCCAUGUUUGAGUAAGCUUGCAUAUUUCUUGCUCACCAGUGCCAAUCUGUCCAAAUCUGCUUGGGGAUCCGGGUUUGGGAAGGACAUGGGAGUGUACGUUAGAUCAUACGAAGCUGGAGUUUUGUUUUUACCAGCUUUUUUUGAUGAAGAAUAUUUUGAGAUUAGCAACACUGCCGAUAAGAAGAAUAAGCGAUUGUUUCCGUUUAUGUAUGAUCUACCAUUGACGUCAUACAAACGUGACGAUUAUCCAUGGUGUAACUAGUUUUUUUAUUUCUAAUUUAUAAAUAA